UUGGCAUGAUGGGUGCCUGGAGGGCCGCGCUCCCUUUCCAGCCGGGCUGAGCCUUUGUCCCCUACCUCUGGGGCCCAGAAACCCUGUCCUUUUUUCUCUUGAAUGACGCUCCUGCCCCAGAGUCUGGACACUGGGGUUUCUCAGCGCAACUGGCUCAAGGAGCCAUCUGGUGACAGCCUCUGGCUGAGCAUGGCCCUCCCAGCCCUGGGCCUGGACCCCUGGAGCCUUCUGGGAUUUUUCUUCUUCCAACUGCUCUUGCUGCUGCCGCCACCACUGGCUGUUGGGAGUGGUGGGCAGGGGCCCAUGCCCAGGGUCAGAUAUGAUGCAGGGGACCCACGCAGGGUCCUUGGCUUCUUCCAGCAUAAGGGCCUCCGAGAUUUUGACACCCUGCUCCUGAGUGAUGAUGGGAACACUCUGUAUGUGGGAGCUCGAGAGGCCAUUCUGGCCUUGGACAUCCAGGACCCAGGAGUCCCAAGGCUGAAGAACUUGAUACCCUGGCCAGCCAGUGAGAGAAAAAAGCAUGAAUGUGCCUUAAAGAAGAAGAGCAAUGAGACGCAGUGCUUCAACUUCAUCCGGGUCUUGGUCUCUUUCAACGCCACCCAUCUCUAUGCCUGUGGCACAUUCGCCUUCAGUCCUGCCUGCACUUUCAUUGAACUCCACAAUUCCUACCUGUUGCCCAUCGUAGAGGAAAAAGUGAUGGAAGGGAAAGGUCAGAGCCCUUUUGACCCUGCUCACAAUCACACUGCUGUCCUGGUGGAUGGGAUGCUGUACUCAGGCACCAUGAACAACUUUCUGGGCAGCGAGCCCAUCCUGAUGCGCACACUGGGCUCCCGGCCUGUCCUCAAGACGGACACUUUCCUCCACUGGCUGCACUCGGAUGCCUCCUUCGUAGCCGCCAUCCCAUGGACCCAGGUCGUUUAUUUCUUUUUUGAGGAGACAGCCAGCGAGUUCGACUUCUUCGAGAAGCUCCACACCUCCCGCGUGGCACAAGUCUGCAAGAACGACGUGGGCGGAGAGAAGCUGCUGCAAAGGAAGUGGACCACUUUCCUCAAGGCCCAGCUGCUCUGCGCCCAGCCUGGCCAGCUGCCCUUCAACAUCAUCCGCCACGCGGUGCUGCUGCCCGCCGGGCCGUCCACCGGUCCCCGCGUCUUUGCAGUCUUCACCUCCCAGUGUGCCUUCCUCUUCCUGCAGUGUUCGGUGGGCCCCUCCUCUGAUAAAGCCUUGACCUUCAUGAAGGACCAUUUCCUGAUGGAUGAGCCAGUGGUGGAGACACCGCUGCUGGUGAAGUCUGGUGUGGAGUACACACGGCUCGCAGUGGAGACAGCUGAGGGCCUUGACGGACACAGCCAUGUGGUUAUGUACCUGGGCACCUCCACUGGGUCCCUGCACAAGGCUGUGGUGAGCCAGGACAACAGCGCUUAUCUGGUGGAAGAGAUCCAACUGUUCCCUGACCCUGAACCUGUUCGAAACCUGCAGCUGGCCCCCAGCCAGGGCGCGGUGUUCGUAGGCUUCUCGGGAGGCAUCCAGAGGGUGCCUCGAGCCAACUGUAGUGUCUAUGAGACCUGUGUUGACUGUGUCCUUGCCCGGGACCCCCACUGUGCCUGGAACCCUGAGUCUCGAGUCUGCUGCCUUCUAUCCACCCCUGACCAGAAACACUGGAAGCAGGACAUGGAGCGAGGGAACCCAGAAUGGGCAUGUGCCAAAGGGCCUGUGGGCAGGAGCCACCGGCCUCAGAGCCGCCCCCAAAUCAUUAAAGAAGUCCUGGUGGUUCCCAACUCCAUCUUGGAGCUUCCCUGCCCCCAUUUGUCAGCGCUGGCCUCUUACCACUGGAGUCACGGCAGGGGGACAAUCCCAGAAGCCUCUUCUGCUGUCUACAAUGGCUCCCUCUUGCUGCUGCCACAGGAUGGAAUUGGCGGCCUCUACCAGUGCAUAGCCACUGAGAACGGCUUCUCAUACCCAGUAGUCUCCUACUGGGUGGACAGCCAGGAUCAGCCCCUGGCCAUGGAUUCGGAACUGGCGGGCAUUCCCCGGGAGCGUGUGCAGGUCCCACUGACCAGGGUUGGUGGCGGGGCUGCCAUGGCUGCCCAGCGAUCCUAUUGGCCUCACUUUCUCGUUGUCACUGUUCUUCUCGCCUUAGUGCUCUCAGGAGCCCUCAUCAUUCUUCUCGCUUCCCCACUGAGGGCACUCCGAGCUCGGGGCAAGGUCCAGGGCUGUGGGGCCCUGCCCCCUGGAGAGAAGGCCACCUUGAGCAGGGAGCCCUGCCUCCAGCCCCGAAAAGAAAGCCGGACCUCUGUUACAGAUGUGGGUGCUGAGAACAACCAUGUGGGCACGGAGGUGGUUUAAACUGUGGGUGCAGGCUGAGCUUCUGAGUAGGACAUGCACCUAGCCUUGUUGGCUGUGGGCCCCGAGUCAUGCAGCCCUGCCUGGGGGGUCGGAGGGUGGUGCAUAUGACGACCUCCCUCCUCUGACAGGAGCUCCUCCUGCCAUCCGGGCUGCCAGUAGCACCCAGUGGGGCCCUGCAUGGAGCCUUCUUCCCCAGCACGGCGUCC